AUGACGACCACCAAAGACCCCUUAAACACCACCCUCUCCAACUUUCAGAACGACCCCCAGAAACGACUACCCCAAACGACACCCUCCCAAAACGACCCCAGAAACGACCCCGCCAAAACGACCCCACUGAACGACUACCCCGAGAAACGACCCUCCCAAAACGACCCCCUGAACGACCCCCAGAAACGACAUCCUCAGGAACUACCUCCCCAGAAACGACCCCUCUUAGAAACGACCCCUGAACGAUCCCCAACCAGAAACGACCCCGAGAACGACCACCUGAACGCCCCCUUCCCUGAACGACCCCUACUGAACGAUCCCCACCCCAGAAACGACCCCCAGAAACGACCCCCAGAAACGACCCCUGAACGACCCCCUCGCCCCCUUUUUCUGUGUCGUUAUUGUAUGAAUCGUUAUGAAUAA